GGGGGGGAGGGGCGGGACCCAGCGGCGCGCGGGCGGCGGUGCCGGAGCCGGGUCCGUAUCCGUAUCUGUAUCUGUGGCUCCUCCACCGCCCCGCCAUGGUGGUCCUGAGGAGCAGCGCAGCCUGCCCGCCCCGCCCGGCCUCCCGCGACAGCCGCCGCCGCCGCCCCCCCUUCGACCUCAUGGACUCCAGCUCCGAGUUCAUCUCUCUGGAGUCGCCCUCACUCAGCAGCCACCGCAUAUGGACGCGCUCCGGAGCCGCAUCGGCCGCCACCAGGGCCGCGGGAUCCAGAGGGACCAGGAGGACUGAGGAGGCCGAAUUUUCCUCUGGCAAAAUUGAAUGCUUCAAUGGACACUGUUUAAGAUCAAUGAGAAAAAACAUGCCUCCCUGUUCGGACUCCAGCUUUGAUAAAAGCAUGGAAAUACUAAGUGAAAAUGUCAAUCGGAGGCAUUUUACAAGGCAGUUGGCAAAGCCAAAAUCAGACCAAAAAAAGCAAGAAUAUAAAGUCACCAGAACACUGAAGACCAGAGCUGACACAAAAGCUACAGAACAAGUCCAUGAAGAAAAUGGGGAUUUGGAGGUCCGUCGAAGCUGCAGGCUUCGACAGAGUCGUUACACAACUACAAACCAAUCUGUUUUGUUUGACAAACUUAUAACAAAUACUGCAGAAGCAGUCUUGCAGAAAAUGGAUGACAUGGAGAAGAUGCGUAGACGGCGAAUGAUGGAAGAUCUUGGGGUGUUCCACGAUGCAGAAGAAAACCUCAAUAUGUAUUCCCGAGGACAGAAAGAAAUCCAAAGAGCUGAUGAAGAAAUAGCUGAUAAUCAAGUUUCAUCAGAAGAAAGUGAAGAGAAAGACGAUGAUGGUGAAGACACUCGGAAGCGCUAUGACUUCCGACAGAGGAAAACUGUUCAGCGUUAUCAGGCUCCACUGCAAAAACCAAGACAACGUAAGAUGUUUUUUUCGAGUCAGUCUUCACCUGUCAGACAGAGAUACCCGUUCAGAAGUGCUCAGCCACAAGACUCUUGCUGCAAAAGAACUAACAGACGGAGACACGCAGUCCACAACAGUGAUUCCACAUCCUCAUCCUCAUCCUCAUCCUCAUCAUCCUCAUCUGAUGAUGAUGAAGAACAUUUUGAGAGGCAUAGGAAGCACAGCCAUAACAGAGAGUUAAGGUGUCUUCCACUAAACUUUCGGAAAGAUGAGUUGAAGGGAAUUCACAAGGAUCGUUUGAAAAUCGGAGCAAGUCUGGCUGAUGUUGAUCCCCUACAAAUAGAUAGCUCAGUACGUUUUGAUGGUGUGGGUGGUCUUUCUGACCACAUUUCAGCUUUAAAAGAGAUGGUUGUUUUUCCACUGCUUUACCCAGAAGUCUUUGAGAGACUCAAAAUUCAACCUCCAAGAGGCUGUCUCUUCUAUGGUCCACCAGGGACUGGCAAAACACUUGUGGCUCGUGCACUUGCCAAUGAAUGCAGCCAAGGUGAUAGGAGAAUAGCUUUUUUUAUGAGAAAAGGUGCUGACUGCCUGAGUAAAUGGGUGGGAGAAUCUGAACGACAGCUUCGUUUAUUAUUUGAUCAGGCCUACCAGAUGCGACCUUCAAUAAUUUUCUUUGAUGAGAUAGAUGGGCUGGCUCCUGUGCGGUCCAGUAAACAAGACCAAACUCAUAGCUCUAUUGUAUCAACUCUUCUGGCACUCAUGGAUGGCCUGGACAGCAGAGGAGAGAUUGUGGUAAUUGGAGCAACUAACAGACUGGAUUCCAUAGAUCCGGCUUUACGGCGACCUGGACGCUUUGAUAGAGAGUUCCUCUUCAGCUUGCCAAAUAAAGAGGCCAGAAAAGAAAUUUUCAAGAUACACACACAAGACUGGACCCCUAAGCCAUCGGAUGCAUUUCUUGAAGAGCUAGCUGAAAAAUGUGUUGGAUACUGUGGUGCUGAUAUUAAAUCCCUGUGCGCUGAAGCCGCCCUCUGUGCCUUGCGCCGCCGCUAUCCCCAGAUAUACCAAAGCAGUGAGAAACUGCAAUUAGAUGUUGCUUCUAUUAAAAUAACAGCAGAGGAUUUUGUCGUGGCCAUACAGAAGAUUGUUCCAGCUUCACAGAGGGCUGUGACUUCACCAGGGCGUGCACUCUCAGCUAUUUCAAAACCACUGUUUGAAAAUAUGCUAGAAAGAAUUUUACAGGCCUUGGAAAGAGUAUUUCCCCACGCAGAGCUUGCACUAAAGGCAGACCAGCAGCAAGACAGUGUAAAUGGGAUUUUAAGAGACUGUGCAGUUUACAGUGAUGAUGAAUCACCAUCAAUCUUUGAUGAUAAGCCUGGUAGACAGAAGGAGAAGUUCCUCAACUUUGGCAGAAAUGCUUAUUGCCAGCCAACAUCUUGCAGGCCACGAUUCUUACUCGUUGGAGAGCCAGGAUGUGGUCAGACUUCUCAUUUGGGACCAGCAGUGAUACAUGCCCUGGAAAAGUUUCCAGUCUAUAGUCUAGACCUAUCUGUUUUGUUUGUUAGCAUCACAUCACCAGAGGAAACAUGUGCACAGUUGAUGAGAGAAGCUCAAAGAACAGCACCGAGUAUAAUUUAUAUUCCACACAUCCAUAUGUGGUGGGAAACUGUUGGAAUUCCCCUGAAAGCUACUUUUACAAUGCUGCUACAGAACAUGCCAACAUUUGCUCCAGUUUUGCUCCUUGCAACAUCUGAUGUGUCUUACACAGGUCUCCCAGAAGAGAUUAAAAAAUUGUUCAACAAUGAUUAUGGCGAAGUUUUCAGAGUACAGUUGCCUACUAAGGAUGAAAGAAGACAAUUUUUUGAGGAUUUAGUCAUAAAUCAGUCAGCUAAGCCUCCUGCAUCAAAAAGCAACACAGCUUGGCAGCCACUGGAAGUGCUGCCUGUAGCACCACCACCUAAGCCUCGACAGCUGACGGAGGAAGAAGAAAGACAGCUGGAGGAGCAGGAGGAGGAUACAUUGCGUGAACUGAGGAUUUUCUUAAGGGAUGUGACUCACAGACUUGCUGUUGACAGACGUUUCAGGGUAUUUACAAAGCCUGUUGACCCAGAGGAGGUGCCUGAUUAUGACACAGUUAUCAAACAGCCCAUGGACCUUUCGACAAUUCUCUCUAAGAUUGACUUGCAUCAGUACCUAACUGCAAGAGAUUUUCUAAAAGACAUUGAUCUUAUCUGUAGCAAUGCUUUAGAGUACAACCCAGAUAAAGAUCCUGGAGAUCGCCUCAUUAGGCACAGAGCUUGUACUCUGAGAGAUAAUGCAUAUGCCAUAGUGAGGGAAGAACUGGAUGAGGAUUUUGAACAACGCUGUGAAGAAAUUCAGGAAUCUCGUAAGAAAAGAGGUUGUACCUCUUCAAAGUAUGCUCCAUCUUACUACCAUGUAAUGCCAAAGGAGAACUCUGCUCCUGAGUGUAAGAGAACAGACCCAAAGUGUACAGAAGUCACAAAGAUGCCAGCAGCACCAGUUGAUUCCAGCACACCUCGCUCUCAUGAUAUGUCAAAAAGAAAACGUAGGAAGAAGAAAGGGUCUUCAAGUCUCACAAAAAAGAAGAUGAAGUUUCAGUUUAAUAAAGAGAAUAAAGUUCCAGAAGACCAAAAUGAAGAAGAGAGUGAUGAAGAGUUGACAGAAAAACAAGUUUGUAACGCAGAUCACACUGAAGCUGAGUCCACGCAGGACUCCUCUAUGGAAGAAAAUGAAAACAUACUUCAAGAACGACAGAAAAAUGGGAAUGAAAAUAAAUCUGGGACAGAAAAUGAGAGAGUUCUCCCUGUGGCUAGGUCUGCUUCUGAAAGGAGAAGUGUCAUGCUUCCUGAACAUUCAGACCUCGGAAAGGAGAGGGAAAUACCAGAAGCAGAAAGUUCUCAAGACAGAGAUUCAAACGAUUUGUGGGUACAACGUAUGACUCGUGGAAAACGCUCUCGGCUGGAAGAGCAUCGGAUGGUUGGGAAGGCAACAGAAACUCCCCUGCAGCCAGUGACUGUGGAUUACUAUGAGCUCAAACAACUGCUGCAUUUUGUCACUGUGAUAACAGAGAACUUGAGUAUAUUUCACCUGGAAAAACUGUAUGCUCUUCUCAGUCAAUGCAUUUACCAUCAUCGGGAAGAUAGCGACAAAACUGAAUUAGUGAAGGAAAUGAAGAAAGAAAUUGCAGCCUUCAGUUCUGUUCAGUGAUACUUGAUUUCACCACAUUUGGCUCUAGUCUCUAAUGUUUUUUUUUUCAUUGCAUGCUGUUAUAUGCAUAACUCCAUAUAUAUUUAUAUAGAACAGAUAUAUCUUAAAAUUUAUUCUAAAAGCUCAAAUAAAGUUCUUAAACUGCUAUUUUCAUCCUUUAUAUUGUUUUAUGAUACAUACUGCUGUGAUUACCUUUGGAAUGCUGCAUAUUGGAACAUCUCUCAGAUAAUUUCAGUACAUCUCUCUAAAGGAAAACAAUUGAAAACUUGAUAAACCUUUAUCAUUGUUUUUCAGCUUGUGAGAAUACAUUUUUCUGAAGUAGUCUGUGGUGCUCUGCAGUCCACUGAAUAAUAUAUCAUAAAGGUUUUAAAUGAAACCUCAUUUUGCUGUAUGAAAAGUAAGUCCUGUAGGAACCUCUUAUAAUGCAGUUCAGAGGUAAUUUUUUUUAAUUACAUGAUAGCACCUCAGGUGUCUUUCAUAUGGAAUUAGCAAACUCAAUAAAGUAUAUGGGAGAAACACCCUUUCCACAAACAUAAGAACUUUUGCUGUGGCACUUUCUUGCCUGUCAGAAAAACCUAACUUGAAACAAAGCCAGAUUUACUACUGUAAUUUCCUAGGGUAAAGUUUAUUCUUCCUUGUAAAAAAUGACAGUCUUCUGGGUACUGGAGAAUUGCAUUUUAAUAUAAAUUUUUAGUUGCAAAUCAGAUGGCUUGUAGUUUGAGUUAAAUUGUAAAUAGUUUUCUAUUUAUCUGGAGAGAAUUAUAGCUGUUUACUACAUGAAACUGAGUAUAUUGUCAGUGAAAAAUAUAUUUAAGUAUAAAAGCAAAGCAAUACCCCGUUUUGAAGACUUACGCCUCUUCAAGCCAGCAGAGCAAAUGUCUCUCAGUUAAUUUGAGAGUGUUAUUAAAAAAAAUUGGUAAUAAGUUAGGCAAAGUUUAAUUUGAUGGGAAUAAAAUUUUAUAUCAGUUGUGAUAAACUAAUAUGGCACAAUACCUUGCUGUUGUGUUAUGUCACCUCACAUACACAGCACCUGUGAUUCUGAAUGCUUAACUGUGCAAUCCCCUGUGUGUGUUUGAUUUCUUAUCUAUGUUUUCAGUUGGGUUUUUUUGCUUCCUUUCUAGUGUGUUUGUCCAACCAUUUGUGUACUAUGAAGAUUUUUUUCUUCUAUCUGUACUGUUGGGAUGGGUAUUAAUAAAAAAUGAGUCACCUUUG